CAGAUUUUAACCUUGUCAGCAACCUUUCGGUUACUAGUCCAACGCUCUAACCACUAGGCUACCGCCGCCCCUUGCAAUUUUAGUUAGUGUACUGUGCACCUUCAACACAUGAAAGCAGAAUUCCAACCCUGGAACUAGAAAUUGUGUGUUAUGAGAGUGUUAAUAGGAGGAGGAUCUGGGUUUGUGGGAAGAGAGCUGACUCGUUUACUCAAGAACAAAGGUCAUGAAGUCACAAUAAUUUCUCGACAGCCAGGUCUGGGAAAGAUCACAUGGGGUGAAUUGGAGUCUGGUGGCCUCCCACCAUGUGAGGCUGCUGUCAAUCUGUCUGGGGAGAAUCUUAUGAACCCACUGCGAUGGUGGAAUGAGGGUUAUAGGAAGGAUCUGUUCUCCAGUCGGGUUGACACAACCACAAUUCUGGCUCAAGCCAUUGCUGGGUCUCCCAGUCCCCCUCAUGCUUGGGUCCUUGUCACAGGUGUAGCAUGUUAUAAACCCAGUCUAACAGCUCAGUACACAGAAGACAGUGAGUGGACGCCAUUUGACCUCCUGUCAAGACUGGUGAAGGAAUGGGAGUUGGCGGGGCGUCUUCCUGAAAACAUUGCACAGAAUACCAGACAAGUAGUAAUCAGACCAGGGGUAGUACUGGGUCGUGAUGGUGGUGCCAUGAAGCAGAUGAUGACUCCUUUCUGGUUAGGCCUUGGAGGCACGUUGGGGUCUGGCAGACAACCAUUCCCCUGGAUCCAUGUCUCUGACCUGGCUGGAAUCAUCGCUCAUGCCAUGGAGCCCUCUCCCGACACCCCCUCUGCUGUCCCUCAAGUGUUUAAUGGUGUCGCCCCAGCACUGAACACCAAUUACGAGUUCACCAAAGAGCUGGGCCGGGUUCUGAGGAGACCCACUGUCUUCCCUGUGCCUGGAUUUGUCAUUGAUGCCCUAAUGGGUUCAGAGAGAGCCAUAGUGCUAACCCAGGGUCAGAAAGUAGAACCCAAGAGGACUCUGGAGUCAGGCUUUCAGUACCAGUACCCAGACCUGAGCUCUGCCCUGAAGGAGAUUGUUGGGAGCUAGAUGUGAAACAGGAGAUGUCAAGAGACUGAAGAGAUUAGAUUUUGUAAUGUGAGAGAACUUCACUGAUGUGAGCUUUUUUCCUGAAUAAAUAUGAGAUGGACCCUGUCUUUCAAA